AAAAAUACAUUGCAACAUUAAAAUUUAACGGCGUCGUAAAAUAUUCUGAUAAUAUUUUAUUUGGAUUUAAAUUCAGCAUAUUGCGAUGAUGUGUAACGAUCCCUGAAACGUGUUUUGGCUGUUUAUUGUAGUUUUUUAUAUCUAUAACAUGAAGUUGAUCCAAAUAAUAACUACAAUUUGCUUGAUAUUUUUCGAAGAAUCCAAUUCCGUCCGUUUGCACAAGAUAUUCCAAUUUAUCGAUGGCUUCCAAGCCGAGCAUAACUUACGGGGGUACCUCCAUGUCGGAAACGACUAUGCCAUAUUCUUGAGACUGCCAAAACCUCACGACAAGUAUCUCGUGUAUGAAUUAUAUGAAGCUAGGAAUGUGCCUGAAGUGGACAGCUACAAACCUAGGAUGCUCGCGAUUACUAAGGUGCCUGUAGAGUAUAUGAAAGCUCAGCUGCAAAUGUUUCGCAGUGAACUGUUUAAGUCGAAGUAUGAAGAUGAUAAGGUCGUACCUGGGACACAGGUUAAAACGUUGCGAGAGUGGCAGAUAGACAGGGCGUUGAGUUUCCACGAUAACGGAGGCCAAUUCCAUGACAAAGUACCUGUGUUAAGGACGAUACUCUGAUUACUGAAAUACAUUAUA